GCGGCUCCGCGAGCGGGCUGCGGGGCAGCGCUGUCGCUCUGGAUGCUCAGCAGCCUCCUCUGCAGAGCCUGGACGGCCCCGGCCGCGUCCCAAAAAUGUGAUGAACCGCUUGUGUCUGGGCUCUCCCAUGGAGCUUUCAGCAGCUCAUCGUCCAUGUCUGGGAGCUAUUCUCCGGGCUACGCCAAGAUCAACAAGCGAGGGGGUGCUGGGGGAUGGUCUCCAUCUGACAGUGACCAUUAUCAAUGGCUUCAGGUUGACUUUGGCAAUCGGAAGCAGAUCAGUGCCAUUGCAACCCAAGGAAGAUACAGCAGCUCAGACUGGGUGACCCAGUACCGCAUGCUGUACAGUGACACUGGGAGAAACUGGAAGCCCUGUCAUCAGGAUGGGAACAUCUGGGCAUUUCCUGGGAACAUCAACUCUGAUAGUGUGGUUCGUCAUGAUUUACAGCAUCCAGUGAUCGCCCGCUAUGUGCGCAUCGUGCCCCUGGACUGGAAUGGAGAAGGCCGCAUUGGGCUCAGAAUUGAGGUCUAUGGCUGUUCUUACUGGGCCGAUGUUAUCAACUUUGAUGGCCACGUUGUGUUGCCAUAUAGAUUCAGAAACAAGAAGAUGAAGACCCUGAAGGAUGUCAUUGCUUUGAAAUUUAAAACCUCUGAAAGUGAAGGGGUGAUCUUGCAUGGGGAAGGACAGCAAGGGGAUUACAUUACCCUGGAACUGAAAAAAGCCAAGCUGGUCUUCAACUUAAACCUAGGAAGCAAUCAGCUCGGCCCCAUCUACGGCCACACGUCCGUGACGACUGGAAGUCUGCUGGAUGAUCACCACUGGCACUCCGUGGUCAUUGAGCGCCAGGGCCGGAGCAUUAACCUCACCCUGGACAGGGGCGUGCAGCACUUCCGCACCAACGGAGAGUUCGACUACCUGGACCUGGACUACGAGAUAACCUUUGGAGGCAUACCUUUCUCUGGGAAGCCAAGUUCCAGCGGUAGAAAGAACUUCAAAGGCUGCAUGGAAAGCAUUAAUUACAAUGGUAUCAACAUAACUGAUCUCGCGAGAAGGAAGAAACUAGAGCCCUCAAAUGUGGGAAAUUUGAGUUUCUCGUGUGUGGAGCCCUACACAGUGCCUGUCUUUUUCAAUGCUACCAGUUACCUGGAGGUGCCAGGACGGCCUAACCAGGACCUGUUUUCAGUCAGUUUCCAGUUCAGGACUUGGAACCCAAAUGGUCUCCUGCUUUUCAGUCAGUUUGCAGAUAAUUUGGGCAAUGUGGAGAUUGACCUCACGGAAAGCAAAGUUGGUGUUCACAUCAAUGUCACGCAGACGAAGAUGAGCCAAAUAGAUAUCUCCUCAGGUUCUGGAUUGAAUGACGGACAGUGGCAUGAAGUUCGUUUCCUAGCUAAGGAAAAUUUUGCCAUUCUCACCAUCGAUGGGGAUGAGGCUUCAGCUGUUCGAACUAACAGUCCUCUUCAAGUUAAAACUGGCGAGAAGUACUUUUUUGGAGGUUUUCUGAACCAGAUGAAUAACUCCAGUCACUCUGUCCUUCAGCCUUCAUUCCAAGGGUGCAUGCAGCUCAUCCAAGUGGAUGACCAACUGGUGAAUUUAUAUGAAGUGGCACAGAGGAGGCCGGGGAGUUUUGCGAACGUCAGCAUCGACAUGUGCGCCAUUAUAGACAGAUGUGUGCCCAAUCACUGUGAGCAUGGCGGGAAGUGUUCGCAAACAUGGCACAGCUUCCAGUGCGCUUGUGAGGAGACAGGAUACAGUGGGGCCACCUGCCACAACUCGAUCUAUGAGCCUUCCUGUGAAGCCUACAAACACCUGGGCCAGACGUCCAAUUACUACUGGAUAGAUCCUGAUGGCAGUGGACCUCUGGGGCCUCUGAAAGUCUACUGCAACAUGACAGAGGACAAAGUGUGGACCAUAGUGUCUCACAACUUGCAGAUGCAGACCACCGUGGUGGGCUACAGCCCAGAGAAGUACUCGGUGACACAGCUCGUGUACAGCGCCUCCAUGGACCAGAUCAGCGCCGUCACCAGCAGCGCCGAGCAUUGCGAGCAGUACGUCUCCUAUUUCUGCAAGAUGUCGAGGUUGUUGAACACCCCAGAUGGCAGCCCUUACACCUGGUGGGUUGGCAAAGCCAAUGAGAAGCACUACUACUGGGGCGGCUCCGGGCCUGGCAUUCAGAAGUGCGCCUGCGGCAUCGAGCGGAACUGCACAGACCCCAGAUACUACUGUAACUGUGAUGCGGAUUAUAAGCAGUGGAGGAAGGACGCUGGCUUCUUAUCCUACAAAGACCACCUGCCGGUAAGCCAGGUGGUAGUUGGAGAUACCGACCGGCAAGGCUCAGAAGCCAAACUGAGCGUGGGCCCCCUGCGUUGUCAAGGAGACAGGAAUUACUGGAAUGCUGCUUCCUUCCCAAAUCCGUCAUCCUACCUGCACUUCUCUACUUUCCAAGGGGAAACUAGUGCCGACAUUUCUUUCUACUUCAAAACGUUAAUCCCCCGGGGAGUGUUUCUGGAAAAUCUGGGCAACACGGAUUUCAUCAAACUCGAGCUGAAAUCUGCCACCGAAGUGUCCUUUUCGUUUGAUGUUGGAAAUGGGCCGGUGGAGAUUGUGGUGCGGUCGCCCUCCCCUCUAAAUGACGACCAGUGGCACCGGGUCACCGCGGAGAGGAAUGUCAAGCAAGCCAGCUUACAGGUGGAUCGGCUGCCGCAGCAGAUCCGCAAGGCACCCACAGAAGGUCACACGCGCCUGGAGCUCUACAGCCAGCUCUUUGUUGGUGGUGCCGGGGGCCAGCAGGGCUUCCUCGGCUGCAUCCGCUCCCUGAGGAUGAACGGGGUGACGCUGGACCUGGAGGAAAGAGCGAAGGUCACGUCCGGCUUCAAAUCCGGCUGCUCGGGCCACUGCACCAGCUACGGGGCCAACUGCGAGAACGGAGGCAGGUGUCUAGAGAAAUACCACGGCUACUCCUGCGACUGCUCACACACGGCCUACGAUGGCACAUUUUGCAACAAGGAUGUUGGCGCAUUUUUUGAAGAGGGGAUGUGGCUACGGUAUAACUUCCAGACAUCGGGGGUCAGCAGCAAAGAAUCGGGCGUCAGGUCAGACAGCUCCCCUGAUCAGCAGAGUGCCCCUGCCGACCUGGCACAUGAGGGGAUCCGCUUCAGCUUCAGUACCUCCAAGGCACCCUGCAUUCUCCUCUACGUGAGCUCCUUCACGACAGACUUCCUGGCAGUGCUCAUCAAACCCGCCGGAAGCUUACAGAUUCGGUACAACCUGGGCGGCACCAGGGAGCCCUACAACAUUGAUGUAGAUCAUAGGAACAUGGCCAAUGGACAACCCCACAGCGUUAACAUCACCCGGCACGAGAGGACCAUAUUUCUCAAGCUCGAUCACUAUCCUUCUGUGAGUUACCAUCUGCCAAGCUCUGCUGACACACUGUUCAAUUCUCCGAAGUCGCUCUUUCUAGGAAAAGUUAUAGAAACAGGGAAGAUCGACCAAGAGAUUCACAAAUACAACACCCCGGGAUUCACUGGGUGCCUCUCCAGGGUCCAGUUCAACCAGAUUGCGCCUCUCAAGGCGGCCUUGAGGCAGACGAACGCCUCAGCCCACGUGCACAUCCAGGGCGAGCUGGUGGAGUCCAACUGCGGAGCCUCCCCGCUGACCCUCUCCCCCAUGUCGUCCGCCACCGACCCCUGGCACCUAGAUCACUUGGAUUCAGCUAGUGCUGAUUUUCCAUAUAAUCCAGGCCAAGGUCAAGCUAUAAGAAAUGGAGUCAACAGAAACUCGGCUAUCAUUGGAGGGGUCAUCGCUGUGGUGAUUUUCACCAUUCUCUGCACCUUGGUCUUCCUCAUUCGCUACAUGUUCCGCCACAAGGGCACCUACCACACCAAUGAAGCAAAGGGAGCAGAGUCCGCAGAGAGCGCCGACGCCGCCAUCAUGAACAACGACCCCAAUUUCACAGAGACCAUUGAUGAGAGCAAAAAGGAAUGGCUCAUCUGAGGGGUGGCUCUUUGGCUAUGGGAGAGGGAAGGGCGAGUUAUUAGGGAGGAGGGAAAGGGACAAAAGCACCCUACUUCAUACUCUUGAGCACAUCCUUAAAAUAUCAGCACAAGUUGGGGGAGGCAAGCAACAGAAAAUUCUGGAGACGGAUUGCCACAAAAAAAAAA